AUGGCAAUCCGCAUCAACUUGCCCCCUGUCACUCGGGUCCUGCUUGGGAUCCUCGUGUCCCUGUCCUUCCUCUACAACAUCGCUCGAUGGAGAUUGUCGACAGAAAAUGCCGGUGUUGGCGAACCUACAACUACAACUCCGCCUGUACGGCCUAUUGUUCCGUAUCUAGCCCUGGUUCCUUCACAAUGUCUAUGGUAUCCUUGGACGUUUCUCAGCGCAACCUUUGUCGAACAAAAUAUCCUUACCCUCCUUAUCAACGGCAUCAAUAUUUUCUUUGGUGGGAAAUACCUUGAAAGAGCAUGGGGAACUCAGGGUUUUGUCUAUGUGAUCCUGAUUUCAUCCAUUAUACCCAACUUGCUGAUGGUCCCAACCUAUAUCCUCUGGGGCGCCAUUACCGGCAAUCCUGAAAGAGCCAUGACUCCUAUAACUGGUGGUAUUUCGACACAAGCGGCAUUCCUGGUUGCUUUUAAGCAGCUCGUCCCCGAGCAUACCGUCAGCAUAUACAAGGGCAUGAUCAAGAUGCGCGUCAAGCAUUUCCCGGCCGUCUUCCUUGCACUAAACACCCUGUCCGGUCUGAUCAUCGGUACCGACGUUGGUCUCUUCCUCGCUUGGUACGGAUUGAUCACAACUUGGACGUAUCUGCGGUUCUACAAGCGCCAGCCUGAUCUGUCUGGAACAGGAACAGAUAGGCGAGGCUUGAAGGGCGAUGCUAGCGAAACAUUUGCCUUUGCGACGUUCUUUCCUGAUGCCGUCCAACCGCCAAUUGCGGCAUUUUGUAACCAGGUCUACAUAUUGCUGUGCAAUCUGAAGAUCUGUACGCCUUUCUCUGAGGAAGAAAUUGCGACUGGAAAUGAACAAGCCGCUGCGAGAGGGGAGGCAGGCCUCCCGAGCUUCAACAAACACGCACGCGGAGCACGAGGCUUGAGCAAAAGGGAAGAGGCCGAACAACGGCGCGCUCUGGCCCUCAAGGCGUUAGAUGAACGGCUCAAUGCUGCAGCUAGUCGAGCCCCGGUCCAGCCAACCAAGUCAACCACGACGAGUGCACCCGACUUGCCAAAAGGACAGGAGAUGCUCGGACAAACCGACUAUCGCCCGGAUGAAUGA